GAAGAAUUGAAUCGGUCAUGCUGUGGAAUCUUCUCCUGGCUGCUUCUUCUUAGUAAUCCAAACAUCUUGUUCCUGAAAUCACUUAACAAACGUUAAAAGCAACAAGAUCUCACAAGUGUUUCUCUCGAAAGUGUUUAUCUCUCUCACAAGUGAUUCUCUAGUGAAUAUCUCCAAGUUCCAGGGGAACUAACAAUCAAUCUCAGUGCCAAACCAAAGAUCAAAUGGUAAAUCAAGAGAAGAAGAAGAAGAUAGACAGAUUUCAAGAUUUUUUUCGGGAACCGAUUUUACCAAGCUUGAGACCGGAUUUCUCCUCGGUCUGAUCGGAUUUCUCUUCGAUCCCUUUUCUUUCUUUCUUUUUAUUGUUAUUUUUUUAAUAAGGUUACCAAGCUGGCUCGGUUUCCUUACACAGAUAGAUAGAGAAGAAGUGUUUAAGAAAUGGUGGAAAGAUGAGAAGAUUAGAAGAUGAAACGAUAGAAUUACCGAGCUUGGGAGUGUUGCUCUGAUACCACUUGAUGAAUACCUUAUGAUGAGAUCCUUUGUCCCUGAUGCUUUUGAAGGAAAAUCUGAUGGUUUGAGAGUGAUGUGGAUUGAUUUGGAUGGAGAUUUUCAGAAAUGAUAUAUGGAUUGAUCAGAUCUUGUGUAGAUGUGUCUAAGAUCAAGAGAAUGAACUCUGUUGUGAUCAAAGACAAGUUUUGCAAUAAGAGAAUGAACUCUUAGCAAUCAGUGUUCAAAGAUGAACAAGCGAUUCACAGAUUUGUGAGAAAGUUAUAAUAAAAAGAGUGAAUAGCUUUUUCAAAAACAAAAGAGAGUUUAAGUAGUAACAAAGAAAGAAAAGAAGUUGAAAGGUCCUAAUACUUGAGAAAAUCAAAAAUAAGAAGUAGUAAAACAUAGAUUUCGAAAUUAACACUUAGACAAGUCCAAAGACUAAAUAAGUGAAGAGUUGGCUCGGUUCCUUGGCUUGAUUUCCGUCUGGUUCAGAGUAAAUCAAAACAGCAAUUGAUUUUUUUCAGUCUUCUAGUUUGUGAUCUAGUAACUGGGCCCUUAGACAAGCAGAAUGGAUCCUUGUCUUGAUUGGUGUCGGCGGAGAAAGUCAUGUCUGGUCCAUCAUCAGUAUGGGUCCGAGCCUGAGUAUGACCGAGUCCAUUUAGCUCCAAGUCAGCUUUAUAGUCACUUGAUUGUUGCAUCCAAUCAGUUCCAUCCAUAGAGUUUUGUAUCCACGAGUUUCUGCAUCCACCAGUUCGUCAUCCACAGAGUUGCAUCCAUUUCAAAUUAUCUUCUAUCUCGACCAUACUUGCAUCACCUCCAGCAUGGACCUACGGAUGAAUACAUACUUUACAUGCUCUUAUCUCUACGGGGAAACCCCUCUGGUCUAGACCUACUAAUUGGUGUACACAAUUACUCCUACUCAUAUGAGAAAAUUGAUUUGGAGAGGCAUAAUACCAUUAUGCUGAGAGAGAGUCGAACCCGUGACCUUUAGUAGUCUUUGAGAAGCAUGACCACUAGGAUAGAAUCAUGUUUAAUUUAGAAAAAUAUGUUACUCAACAAUUUAAAAUUGUUUAUUAUACUUGAAACCACAUAUAUGACUAAAGCAAAACAUAAUGAUAGUUAACACGAUUAUUUUUGAUAGAGAAAUUCUGAAAUGAUUUAAAACAUAUAAGUAAAUGAAAUCGAAACAUUAACCAUUUGUUUAACACGAUAGUUAAAUGAUUUAACACAAUUAUAUUUCCUCUAUUUCAAAUUGUAGGUAGUAGUUUAAGUCAAAAGUAUCAAUAUUUAAAAGUGGUUACUUGUUAAAAAGUAUUAUUUAAUAUAUAACUUCAACCAAUUUUAGAAAAAGCUAUAUAAUUUAAUUGGUUAUACAAUAUUCAAUGGCCGGCAUUCACUACUCACAUGGAAGAGUUUCUACGAUGUAAGGAUUACUUCCCCAACUUCUUCAUUCAACACAUUCCAAGGGCGCAAAAUAAAAUGGCGGACAAACUAGUACGAGGUGUUAGAGAUCUGUCUUCUGCUAUGAUUUAUGUUGAUUCAGUUCCACCGAGAUGGCUCUCGCGUCCGGAACCGGUUUAGUUUAGUUUCUUUUGUUGAAAAAAAAAAGUUAUACAAUAUUCAAUAAUUACAAAAAUUGCAUUUCAUUGAAAUGUUAAAACUAAAUAUAUUUUAAAAUAUUUUUUUUUUAUAAAACAACAUAUAUUAUGAAAAAGAGAGAGUAAUUUGAUAACAUGCCCAUGAGCACGAAAGAGUGUUAACGAAUAAAUCUAAACUUUCAAAUGUAUAUUACUUUUGAAAAGUUUAUACUAAUAUAUAGAUUCAAAAGUCGUAAAUGUAUUCAAAUUUGAGUCUGGAAAGGUGUAAGGACUAAUAAUUGUAUAGAACCAUUUUGAUAUAUAAAAUAAAAAUGUUUGGCCCAAAAAAAUAGAAAACUGAGUUGAUAAAUCACAAUAAUUAAAUCACAACCCAUGAAGUUGGUGAGACUUAUAAAGGCAGGGUCUAAUUCAAUCACCAUUCAUUCUCUCUCUCUCUCUCUCUCUCUCGAUCGAAAGUCAAGCUUUCCGUCUGAAAGGGGAACACCUUCCAAGAGAAGAGCAUCCAAAGAAGAAGAAAACUCCAUUAAUGGAGAAAGAGGCAGCAGAAACAUCAACAGAACUCAAUUUCGACAGCACAACUUCAUCUCCAUACAUAACAGCUCCUUCAAGCCCAACCCUAUUUGGAAACAACAAUGUUAUUUUCUUCAGUGCACCCACAAGCCCUUCUCCUUCAACUUCUUCCAAUAUACCCUUUGACUGGAGUGACCAACCAAGAACUCCCAAGAAGAGAUCAGCCAGCGAUAUUGAUGAUGAUUUCGAGUUCAAUUUCAGUGGACAAUUGGAUAAAUCUUUUUUCUCUGCCGCCGAUGAGCUCUUUGACGGAGGAAAGAUUCGACCUUUAGGGCCCUCACUCCCUCCUGUCGUUUCUUGUGUUCUUGACAGAGAAGAUUCUGGUCCAGGAAAAGACCGGUCUCCCGGAUCUUCUAUGUCUCCGUUGAGGGUUUCAGACAUUGUGGUUGAUGAAGAAGAAGUACACGAGACAACAAAAAUGGUUGCUUCUAACACAAGCAACCAAAAAUCCUCUGUUUUCUUGUCAGCGAUUCUGUUCCCUGGUCGAGCAUACAAGAAGUGGAAACUCAAAGAUCUGUUGUUAUUCAGGAGUGCAUCCGAUGGUAGACCUGUUCCAACCAAAGAGUCAUUGAGAAGAUAUGAUAUACUUACAAAGAAAGAGGCCGAGGAAGUGAAAAGUUCGAGUAUCCGAUCAAGAGAGUGUUGUGAAUCGACAGUGUCUAGGUCAAGGAGAAGGCACGGCACGGUGGUUUCGGCUCAUGAGAUGCAUUACACUGAGAACAGAGCAGUGUCAGAGGAGUUGAAAAGGAAGACGUUCUUGCCGUACAAGCAAGGCUGGUUAGGAUGCUUAGGGUUUAACCCUGCGGUCCAUGAAAUUUCAAGAGUUGGGUCCUUGUCACGUGCUGCUUCCUCUUAAUCCCUUUUGUGCCUUUUGUUUUAUAUAUUAUUUUUUGUGGCUUAAAUUUUCAGAUGUGGUGGUGAGAUUCCAUUUAAUUGAUGGGGUAUAUGAUAUUGUUUCAUUCGUAUAA